AUGGAGAACAGAGGACAGAAGGCAGCCCUUGUGAUGUGGGACCGUGGAGGAGAGCAGGAGACGCACGGAAACAUGGCUGGGAACAACACGCACCCCGUGUACGUUUCAGGCGAUUCUGUUGCUGCUGUGACAAAAAAGUGGCGGUUAAGGGGCUAUACUGCGGUAUCUGCUCGCACAUGA